GCUGGUUCACUUAUUUGUCAAAGUUUCGCGUCCGACGCUUUUGAUUUUGUUACUUAUCAUUUUUGUCCUCAUAUAAUUUUGAACUUAUAUCGGAGAAUUAAAUAAACAAAUAAAUCAUGGCAGAUCGUCUGACACAACUUCAGGACACCAUAAACCAGCAAGCUGAGCAUUUCUGCAAUAGUAUUGGUAUACUGCAACAGUUUUCUACACCCAGUAAGUUCCCGGGCUUCGACCGGAGCGGUUCUCAGACUCCACAACAGCAACAAAACCAGGAGGACUAUGCUAUGCUGUUCGCGACGUUGAUAUCUCGCUGUGCUAAGGAUAUUGAUACACUGAUCGAGUCGUUGCCAAGCGAGGAGAGUUCCACUGAGCUUCAGGUGCAAAGCUUAAGGCGUUUGGAAGCUGAGAAUAAAGAGGCUGCUGAGCAAUUGGAGGAGGUGGUCCGCCAAGGCGAGAUAUUACUGGAGAAAAUCCAAGGAGCCCUUAGUGACAUAGCUCAAUGCCAGCUGGACAUGCAGAACCCAGCUCUGAUCCUCAACAAGGACACAAAGCCACAGUUAUAGGGCUCAAAGAAACACGGUACUCACCGCAGAUGAUCUGAUAGACAAUAUCUGUAAAUAGGCUAUGAUUGUUUGUCUAUGAUCAGUGAUAGACCUUAUUUGUUUGUGCAUUAAAGAGAAGUGUGUGUAAAAAGGUGUCCUGUAUUAGUUUGUGUGGAUCUAGAGAACUUGCUUUUCUUCAGCCUAGCCUUUUCCCAAAUCUUUUAGGAGAUGGCUUCCAGUUGGACUAGGUUUACCUGAAUGCUGUAUUUGCAUAUUGUGCUAUCACACUUAUAAAACCAUAAUAAUAUUACCUUUAAGACAUGAUGUUAGAAUCCCUGGACCUUUACAACCUAAAGUUAGACAUUCGUCUGUCUGUUGUCAAGUAGACCUCUUUAUUCCACAUCUAAAAAAGCUUAAUUGUAUGAGGCUGUGUUAGCCCCUUUACCAUUCAUGUAGAAGUUCAACAAUAUGCAAAUAUGUCCUCCGUAGGUUAGGGUUGAUCCGAAUUAUGUAUCUUAAUAUGUAACAACAAUGAUAUCUGAUUGAUUUUUGUUUAUUGUUGUAAAUAAAUAUGUGUGCACUUAAAUUAUAAAUAUAACUUAAUCAGACUGUA